UGGUGACAAUUUUGACUACCUUUUUGAAUGCUGUAAAGAAAUUUGAGUGUUAAUUUGCUUGGAUUUUAAAUAAUAUUUUAUUAUUAUCCUGUUAGUAAAUACAUUUUACUAAACUAAGUUUUAUCGGUUUUGUAUUUAGCAUGUUCUUGACUGUUCUAACCUAACUAUUUACAUAUUGUGAUAAUAAAUGAUAUAAUGGAUCCCAAAGCACUUUUAAAACAAGCUAGAGAAGCUAUAAAAAAUAAAGAUUAUGCAGCUUCUUUAAAAAUAAGUAAGACAAUACUUCAAAAUGAUAAAACAAAUUACAUGGCACUGGUAUUUUUGGGACUGUCCGUUCAAGAGGUUGGUCCCAAAGCUCAGGCUGUGAACGCGUUUAAAAAGGCGAUUCAAGAAUCGCCCGACAAUCCGUUGGCAUGGAACGGAAUAAUAAGUUACUACGAGAAAAACGGUACGCCGACCGAAGAAUCGAAAAAGGAACUUUUCGACGCUUACAUUAAGAUAACGAAAUUGGAAUCGUCUGAUAGAAAAAUAAUUGAAUAUUGCCAAAAAAUUAUUGAUUUGGGACAAGGCAAAAAUGAAGAGUUAAUUGAUAUUUUGUAUAACGUUUCCAAAAAGGCCGCUGCGACGGACGAGUUAAUUUCAAGCGUACUGGAAAUGUUAAUAAAGAUAUACGAAGGUGCCCAGGAUCUUCCUGCGACAUGCACUGAAAUAUAUGAACAAAGCUUGAUUACCCUCAUUGGUAUUCCUAAAGCCAUUACAUCGCAAAUUUAUUCUUCUUAUAUAACUAUAUUGAACAAACGUAAAGAGUACACUGAAGUUUUAAAAAAAGCUGAAGAAAUGUAUGAGAAAUUUACCACAAAUACUAUAUCAUUAGAGUGGAUUUGUAAAGUAUUUAAUCAGUGGUAUGUUGAGGGUAAUAACAUGGCGGAGGAAUACGAAGAAAAGGCUUUUAAGUACUGUGCCGAUUUAUUGAAGUUUGAUUCACGAAACUCCAUGGGUUUAUUUACAAAAUCCAUACAACUUAUUAAAGAGAAUAAAACAAUUGAAUCAGUUAAUCUGUUGACAAAAGUGACAACUGAAAGACCAGGUUUGAUUCACGCCUGGUUUUUGUUAAGUGAACUGUAUAUAAAUAUAAACUUGAUUGAAGAUGCCAAUCAGGCAUUGUCUAGGAGUGAAAAAUUGCUCAAAUCUAUGCAACAACCCAAUCUUGCACUGAAGGAUAAAUUAAUCGUGUUAACUCUAAAAAAAAUAGGCCAAUCGAACUCCCCAGAAGACUGGAAAAUGUCUGAAGAGAUUUACAAAGCUGCGUCGGAAAGUGUAAAGAAACAAUGUGAAUUAAUUUAUAUGAAAAUUCAAAUAAACUUGGGACAUUAUUCCGAAGUUGAAAAGAAACUAGAGGGAAUUCAGAAUGAAUUAGAUCGCGUGCUAUUGUCUUCCUAUUUGUUGUUCAAGCAAGAAAAAUUUUCAGAAGCACUGGAAGUUUUGGACAAGAAAGUUUUUGAAAGUGACGAGUAUUACAUUCAACUAGGAUUAGUCUACUGGGAAGUAGAUUACACCAAAUGUCUGACGCCUUUUAUAAAGGCCGCCAAAAUAAAUCCCGACAGUUACUUGUGUUACACACUUUUGGGUCGCUAUUACCAACGAACAAAGCAGCUGGACAAAAGUCGGAGAUGUUUCGAGAAGGCUUUCAAAUUGAACAGCAAAAUUAAAGAAACAGCAGUUGAACUAUUAAAGAUUUACAUUGAACAGGAAGAUUUGGAUGCUAAUAUUAAUUUGUUAACAACAUUAACCACCAGUGUAAUCAACGAGAAAAACUCGUGGGCAUAUCUUCUGCUGGGACUGACUCAUUUAGAACAACAAAAUUACCAUAAAGCCAUUGAGAAUUUGAGAUUUGUGAUCAGAAUAGAUAAAAAAAAUUCACACUGUUGGGAGGCCCUAGGAGAUGCUUAUAUGGCUAGUGGUGCCCACAAAGCUUCUGCCAAGUGCUACCAUAGAGCAUUGGAGUUAUCUGAAGAUUCGGUUUAUUCAAAGUUGCAAUUGGCAAAAAUUAAACAGAUUCUUGGCGAAUACAACCUGUCAAGAAUGGAGUUCAAUGAAAUUGUAACAGAUGAUGCUGACGUUUACCUUGUGAAAUCAUUGAGCACAACAUGUUUGUAUCAAGUGCGCCAGUGUUUUCGUGAAAACAGAUUUAUAUCAGCGAAGGCGCACACCGAAUAUUGUUAUAACAAACUUUAUCCGUUCGCAGAAAAAUAUAAUUACUCCUGCUUAUGGAAGAUUUUGUCCGAAUUGGCAUUCCUUGGUACCAGAUUGCCUUCGACGCACGGCUACUUGAAUUUGUUGUCGAAAACUUACGACAACGUAGAGGAUCUGUUCGAGCUCGCCUUAACCCAUUGUUCAAAGGCCAUCCAAAUUUGGAAGAGAGACAAUCCGACCCUCCGUUAUGAUUUCGCAGUAAUUAAUUUUAAUUAUUUCGAAUAUUUAAAGCGUACGAACUCUAAAUCGACUAAAAAGAGGACGCUACUCGAUGCAGCUUUUAAUUCUGUGAAGUACUGCGUGAGAAUUCAACCGGGCACAUGGCAAAACUGGAAUUUACUCGGUUUGAUUACAAUGAAUCAAAGUCCUCCGAACUAUGCUCUGGCUCAGCACAGUUUCAUCAAGGCGACCACGGUGGGGUACAACUGCACGACCGCUUGGUGCAACUUGGGCGUCCUCUACUUCAAACUGGGCGACAUCAAACUGGCCAACAAAGCAUUCAGCCAGGGGCAACGUACCGAUCCUACCGCCACCAACAGUUGGAUUGGGCAGGCCCUAAUCGCCGAAGUGCUUGAACCUCCGGAGGCGAUGGACUUGUUCAGACACAGCACAUUGUUGGGCUCCAACUCGCAAAGCGCACUCGGAUAUGGGCACUGGGUCUGCCAGACGUUGGUCAAUUCGAAACGCAACGCAAAAAUUUAUGAAAUUGACAACAUGCACGCCAUCCCCGUCGCUUUCGAUGCUCUCUACCGUUAUACAGCUACACAUCGGACGGAUAGCUGCGCUUGGAACAUGCUGGGCAUCCUGUGCGAACGUUUGAGUCUAAAGGAGGCCGCCGAAGUGGCGUUCAAAAAUGCUUACGAUCACGUGGACGAAAAACACAAGGACAAGGUGCGCGUUAAUUACGCACGUUGUCUUGCACGAAAUGAAAAGUACUAUCAGGCCGUGGAGAUGUACAACAGUCUCAAGGCUGCGAACAUCAGAAGCGGCAGCGGAUUAGCAUUUACUUUGUUCAAAGCUGAACAAUAUGAGGAUUCUUACACCACGUAUGAACAGGCGUUGCAUUGGUUAGCCGAGGAUGAAGGGCUUCAAAGCGAUAUGUUGGUUGCCUUGGGUUCCAUAGCUUAUUUACAUCAAGGGAAAGAAGCCACAAAAACAUUGUUACUUCAAAGCAUUCAGUUGAAACCACCGUCUAUGUGGGGCUUGUACUCUACGUUGUCCUUCGGUAUGCUUCAUGACGAUUAUAAAUUGGCCUAUUUGGUUAUAAAGGAAUUGGACAAGUAUCAGGAUGAUACAGAAUGUCUGGAACAUUACGCAAAUUUGUUGUCAUAUUUUUAUUUAGUUCAGGGUCAACACAUUAAAGCCGCCAGAGAAGUAAGCAAACUAAUCCAUAGACAUCCACACAUGGCUAAACUUUGGUAUUCAUUAGCCAAUACAUUGUUUUAUUCUGAAAACCACACCUUAAGUACGAAAGUCUGUAUGACCGCCGUGGAGUUGGGAACAAAUUCGAUAGAUAUCUCAAUGCCUUUACGAUUGAUCUCGCUCAAUGCUAUGGUCGAAGGAGACGAGGAAAAAUCCAAACUUACGGCACGAAGAGCUCUUCAUUAUAAUCCGAGUGCACCAGAAAAUUGGGCUUGUUUCCUGUUAACAUUUAAAGGUACUACUGAGCAAGAAAAUGACCUACUUGAACACAUCAUAUCAUUGUCGCCUUCAUCCACUUUAUUGAAAUGGACUGAAGAUAGGCUUGAGUCAAAUAAAAGUUGAUAGUUUCAAUAAAGUUUAUUAAAAAUAUAUUUUAUAAAAAUAAAUGUUUUGCAAAUUAA